CUGACUGGAUACUGAGGUUGGAUUGCUGGCGAACACCAUGCAUGCCAGGCAUCUGCUGUUGGUGAUGUAUCUCGCCCUGCCCAGGGUCGCUGGGGAGAACGUGUUGAUCUGGCCGGCAGAAGGAAGCCACUGGAUUAACUUGAAGUCCAUAAUUGCCAGGUUGAUGGCGAGGGGCCACGAUGUCACAGUGGUCGUGAAUUCAGCCUCGCUGUUUGUAAACAACUCCGAGUCCUCGCCCAUGAAGUUGGAAGUGUUCCAAGUGCCGUUUACACACGAGACCACGGAGGCCUUUUUGAACAACUGGCUGGACGUCUCCCUUUACCAGGCACCGCACUUGUCCUAUUGGGGCAGGUACAGGGUGUUUUCGGCGCUGAUGGCCAAGGGGGCGGAGCUGGGCAUGCAGGUGUGCGACGGGAUACUGAAGAACGAGGAGCUGGUGCAGAGACUACGGGAGGCCAAGUUCAAGGUCCUGCUCUCUGACCCAGUGCAGGUGUGCGGGGAUCUCCUGGCUUUGAAGCUUGGGGUUCCCCUCGUCUUCACCCUGCGGUUCUCCCCGGGCUUUGCGGUGGAGAGACACUGCGGGCAGAUGCCAGCCCCGCCCUCCUAUGUCCCAGUCAUUAUGUCAGAGUUGUCCGACAAGAUGUCCUUCGUCGAGAGGUCUCAGAAUCUGCUCUACUCCUUCAUGUACGACUGGGUGUUCCUGCGGACCUGGAGAGAUUGGGAUGCUUAUUACAGCGAGGCGGCAGAAGGAAGCCACUGGAUUAACUUGAAGUCCAUAAUUGCCAGGUUGAUGGCGAGGGGCCACGAUGUCACAGUGGUCGUGAAUUCAGCCUCGCUGUUUGUAAACAACUCCGAGUCCUCGCCCAUGAAGUUGGAAGUGUUCCAAGUGCCGUUUACACACGAGACCACGGAGGCCUUUUUGAACAACUGGCUGGACGUCUCCCUUUACCAGGCACCGCACUUGUCCUAUUGGGGCAGGUACAGGGUGUUUUCGGCGCUGAUGGCCAAGGGGGCGGAGCUGGGCAUGCAGGUGUGCGACGGGAUACUGAAGAACGAGGAGCUGGUGCAGAGACUACGGGAGGCCAAGUUCAAGGUCCUGCUCUCUGACCCAGUGCAGGUGUGCGGGGAUCUCCUGGCUUUGAAGCUUGGGGUUCCCCUCGUCUUCACCCUGCGGUUCUCCCCGGGCUUUGCGGUGGAGAGACACUGCGGGCAGAUGCCAGCCCCGCCCUCCUAUGUCCCAGUCAUUAUGUCAGAGUUGUCCGACAAGAUGUCCUUCGUCGAGAGGUCUCAGAAUCUGCUCUACUCCUUCAUGUACGACUGGGUGUUCCUGCGGACCUGGAGAGAUUGGGAUGCUUAUUACAGCGAGGCUUCCGGUGAACCAACAACGCUCUGUGAGACAAUGGGCAAGGCGGACAUUUGGCUGAUUCGAACAUAUUGGGACUUUGAAUUUCCUCGCCCAUUUCUGCCCAAUUUCGUAUUUGUAGGAGGACUACACUGUCAACCAGCAAACCCGCUGCCUCAGGAGAUGGAGGAAUUUGUUCAGAGCUCUGGAGAGCAUGGCAUUGUGGUGUUUUCCCUGGGCUCAAUGAUAAAGAACCUCACCACUGAGAAGGCCGAUUUGGUCGCUGAAGCACUGGGGAAGAUUCCGCAAAAGGUUCUUUGGAGAUACGCUGGUGAGAAGCCAAAAACAUUGGCAUCAAACACAAAGCUGUACAAAUGGCUACCUCAGAAUGACUUGCUUGGGCAUCCCAAAACAAGAGUAUUCAUCACUCACGGUGGUACCAAUGGGAUAUAUGAAGCCAUUUAUCACGGGGUGCCUAUGCUCGGCAUUCCUCUGUUCGCUGAUCAGCCUGAUAACAUGGCUCACAUGAAAGCAAAGGGAGUUGCUGUGGUUGUUAAUUUUGCUACAUUGAGUACACAGGAGUUGGUUGUUGCUCUCAACACUGUGAUUAAUGACACGAGGUAUAAAGAAAAUGCAGUGAAGUUAUCUAUAAUUCAGCGAGACCAACCGAUGAGUCCUUUGGAAAGAUCUGUGUACUGGAUUGAGUUUGUUAUGCGACAUGGAGGAGCCAAACAUUUGCGGCCUGCAGCACACUCUCUGUCUUGGUACCAAUAUCAUUGCCUGGAUGUAGUGGCGUUCCUUGGUGCAUGUGUGGCAGUUUUCCUAUAUCUCCUCACAAAAUGUUGCUUGUCCUGCUGCAGAAUAUGCAGGGGCACGAAGGUAGAGAAGGAAAAAACUCAAUGAUGGCUUAAAAUACACUGGACCACUUUGAGUUUAUAGCAUUGUAAUUGCAUUGUAAUUUCUAUGAUCAUGCCUGUAAAUUGCACGGUGCUUUAUGCCGCUGCCACGAAAGGCUAUUGAGAAAGUUAAUUGCAUUUCGUGAUCAUGUAUGUUGCCAAUGGUUUGAUCUCAUUUUAUAAUUUGCGAUUUCAAAUUGUGCUUAAAGAGUGAUAUGUCAAGGUGACUCACGAUGAAUCUCAUUGAUAAUCAUUCUUGCAAUCUGGGAUGUCACUAAGCUCAACUAACAAAGUGCUGGAGGAACUCAGCAGCAUCUGUGGAGGGAAAUGGACAAGCGAUUUUUGGUCAGACUGUUGGAUUGGAGGCGAGAAAGCUGGUAAAGAGAGAAGAGGGGAAAGUGGGCAAGAGUUGGCAGGUGGAGGCCAAGUCAGUGGAUAUUUUUAAGGCAGAGAUAGAGAAAUUCUGGAUUGGAACGGGGGGGUUAGGGUUUUGGGUAGAAGGCAGGAAAAUGGGAUUCAGAGGUGGAGAUCAGCCAUGAUUGAAUGGCGGGGUGGACUCGAUGGGCCGAAUGGCCUCAUUCUAUUCCUACAGCUUGUGAUAUGUGUGGAUGGGCAAUUAGUAGAUGGGUGGAGAUAGUGAUAAAGGCUAGAGACAAAAGGCGUUGGAUGGGAAGGGAGGAGUGAAGAUAAAGCUGGAGGGAGGAAUAUGGGUUGGAAAGGGCAGUAGGAGGGAUGGGGGAAUGGGGGUGGAAUAAAAGGAAAGGAAAAUAGGGGACUCAGAAUAGAGAGGAAGGGAGAUGAGCGGAAGGAGGGGAAAUGAAUUGGAUAUUAAAUACAGUACACACACGGGUGGGAGGAGGCAUUGGGAGGAAGACCAGAUAGGGUGAAAGAGAAGAGAAGGUGUUGGCUUGCCUGAAAUUGGAGAAUUCAAUGAUCAUGCCCUUGGGUUGUAAGCUACCCAAGAUGAAUAUGAAGCCUUUGAGUUUGCAUGCAACCUUACUCUGGCAAUGGAGGAGAACCAGGGCAGAAAGGUCAGUGUGGCUGGGAAAGAACUGCAGAUGCUGGUUUAAAUCGAAGAUAGACACAAAAUGCUGGUGUAAAUCAGCGGGACAGGCAGCAU